ACGACACCAACUACCAACUAUAACGACAGGGACGCUUGAAAAAAUAAAUAGAUAGUCAACUAAUGACUUUAGCGAAUUUGUCUGAUUUAACUGCCUACCCGAGAUCUACAACGGGCUCUGUCCCACCACCCUUGGUCGGGCCUUCAAUGACGGUCGUAAAUGAUCAGCUGUACUUGAUUGGUGGUAGGAAGGUUACAGAGCGGGUCAUGACCAACAAUGUAUACAAACUUGAUUUGAAUACGCUUCGCUGGGAUCACAUCCAAUUCGAUAACAACUCUGAUAUCCCAUCAGAGAGAUAUUUCCACUCAGUUGAUCUAUGGAACGACUAUUUAGUCUUAUUCGGUGGUAUGGCAUAUAAGGAAAACGACGAACUCGCUGUCCUCGAUGAUGUAUUUUACCUAAACUUGAAGUCUCUCACUUGGAAAAAGGUGGAGACGUCAUUAUCACCUUCGUUCACCAAACCCUCAGGCCCACAACCUCGCUACGCCCAUUUGAGUUCAAUAUCUGGCGAUUGCCUUGUUAUUGCAGGUGGUCAAGGAAAAGACAAUCAAUACAUUGAAGAAAUUGCAAUUUUAGAUCUGCGUUCACUACAAUGGCUUCAUUCACGCGCUUAUGACCAUCAAUGCGGCUCUUAUCGUUCUGUUGCAAUAUCUUCCCCUCAACGUGUCGUCACCCCAGACCCUUCCACUAUCAGAGUUGGUGGUGAAGUUCUCCACUUAUUACCUUACACCGAUAAUUGCACCGAAUUUGACCCAAGCGACGUUUACCUUUACUCCAAUUACAACUUCCAAGAUCUUAAACGUGAAUUAGAGGUUUUAGAAGCUCCAACAAAUACUGAAUUCACCAUUGCCAAUCAAUCUGGCUUGAUGAGGGGCGCUUCUUUACCACCAGGUUUGAGAUUCCCAACCGGUAGCAUUUUAGGAAAUCACCUCAUCAUCUCAGGUACUUACCUGGCCAACACUUCACAAUCAUUCUCAAUCUGGGCUCUUGAUUUGACCACUUUUGUCUGGCAGCGUAUAGAUGCUGGUAGUCACUUAAGUUCUGGUUCUUGGAACAGAGGUACACUCUGGCGCGAUACCAAUAGAUACGUCGUUAUGGGCAACCGUGAUAGAAGUUUGGUUACUGACUACAACCAUCGUCAGCAGAACUUCGAUCAUAUCGCUUUUGUUGAACUUGAAGCUUACGGUGUUUAUCAACCGCCGCCUGUUUCAUUAAGCCUUGACGCUCAGUUGCUAGGCUUGCAAUCCCUUAGUGAUGAGAGUCUGGCUGAUUUCGAACUCAUUCCUGAAGUUUCAAACGAAGGAGAUAGAGAAAAGUAUAGGUUCCUUUGCUCUUCAAGAAUACUCGAAGCACGUUGGCCAUGGUUCAGAACUCAUAAAUCAUCUUACAAUGCACAAUUGCAAGCUCAAGAUCCAUCGUCUAUUGCAGAACAAAGGCUGUUAUCAAAAACCCUGACUAUUCCAGAAUCACCAACAGUCGUCAGAGCACUCCUUGAAUGGUUCUAUACAUCUGCUUUAGUCACACCUCUGCAACUCUCUCAACCAGUUUUGGCUGCAUUAUUAGGACUGUCACGGACAUAUGGUUUGGAAUCUCUCGAGAAGGAUGUAAAACACGCUAUGCACAUGGAGCUUGAACCGGCUACAGCUGUACAAAUUCAUGAAGCUGCCACACUCUGUGGUGCUAGAAUGUUACAAAUCCGUGCUCUCAAAAUGGUAAUGUCAAGCAAUAAGAGAACUGGACAAAAUCCAAUACAUAUGGCAAACAGCCCAGGUGAUGGACCAUACGACACUGAACCAAGAUACGCUCAAUUUGGCACUGGUCAAGGUAACACACCGCAAAUGCAUCAAUCUGGUUCUACAGGUCAAUUCAGUGCUUCAAAUAGUAGCCAAUACGGUAGGCAAAGGGCCACAGCCGAGGGCGAAAUAGUAGAUGAUAAUGAAGAUCCAUCUAUUCAUUUAGCUAAUAUGCUUUCCAAAUUCGCAACUAGCGAUGUAGAUCUUAGUUUCAACAACGAUUCACUGGCAAAACAGCCUCAAAUUGUUGAAAGACCAACAUCACCAAAUGCUGAUCCGAAGCGUGUUUCUAGGAUAAUCAACCUCCCUAGUGUUAUGAAUCUUCACGAGCAAGCUCAACCAACGGAACCUACCGAAGAUAAUCCUCCAGAAAUACCUGCUAGACCUUCAUUAUCACCACCAACAGUAACAGCACCUAAUAUGAGAAACAGAAGACAAGCAGCUAUGCUAACACCUAACGAACAUUUACGUCACAACCGUCACAACGGUUUACCUCAGCCACCACCUCAAACACAAUUACCUUCACCUUCAUUAUCACCUGCGCUAUCAUCACCUGUUAUGUCAAGAGUUGGAUCAGUUACGCGUUCUAGAAAUUCACCAAUGUUGAGAUCACCAACAAUGCCAGUCGUACCUGACGAAGCCGAAUUCUCACCACCAGUCUCACCUAGACCAUUUACGAAUUAUUACAAUUAUUCACCACAGACGUUAUCAGAAUCAUCAGAUGUUAGCAGAGCUCCAUCACGUCAAGGUGGAAGUAACGUUGGAUUAGGUAUACAAGAAGUUGCAAAUGAUCAUGACUCGCCUGCUUUAUCUGCAUCAACAUUCCCGACCAUUGACGGACCACCAACACCACAAGAUUUCGAAAUGUUAUCAACUGGACAACAAAAUAAUGAUGAUAAGAGCACAGAGCAGACAUCAUCAACUGGUUCAUUAGAAAGAGCUAGAUCUUAUUCACAAUUUAGUAGCACAGCGCCAUCAGUUGCAGCUACAUCAAUGACGACAUCUGGCGCAUCUUCAAAUGAUGGUAGUGUGUCAAAACGUAACAAGCUAUUCAGUAAAUUUAAAUCAAAGGAUAAGCAAAGUAGUGAAAUAACGAGAACUAGUAAUAGUAGUUCACAUAGUGCAAGUCCAAAGGAACCAACUCCUUCAAUAAACUCUUCUACAUCCUCCGGACAGAAAUCAAUGUCGUCUGGAUAUUUCAGUCAGGAGAGUAAAGAAGCACGUAAAAUUAGAAAAGAGAAAGAAAAAGUGUUACAAAGACAACGCGUAGAAGCGCAGAGAUUGAAAGCAAUGAAGAGAGAUGGUAAACUCCGCCCUGUACUUGGCGAACCUGCACCAGCAAAGAAGAAAGCAUCAGAGUUUGAUGCAUGGGGUUCAUUCUGUUAUUAGAAAAGCAAGACAAGAAAACAGAAGAAUAUACGGAUUUUAUAGUCUACAAAAAAUAAAAAAUAAAACACUAUACAGAGAACCACACUAGAUUACUUUGAAGAAUUCAUUUUCUCAAUUAUCGUAUUCUUUCAAAUAUUUAUAUACCACCUACAAACUCUUACGGAUUAAUUUGGAAGGAUAACUCAAUCUUACUAUUUCUAUUUGUCGUAUUCUUCUUUUUACUCAUUUGUUAGAAAAGCAUUCGAAAA